AUGGCGGCGCUGGGCGCGGGCUGGCGGGCGGCGGGAGCGCGGGGGCUGCUGCGGCGGGGGCCGGCGCCGGGGCUGGGGCCGCGCCGCCACCGGCACAAGGAGAAGUGGGCCGCCACGGCGCCGCGCGUCCCGGCCCCGCGCCUGGCGCUGCACCACUUCGACGCGAGCUACAGCCUGCAGCUGCAGGGCCUGUGGCCCGCGGCCCGCGCCGCGCUGCUCUGCGAGCCCAAGCACGGCGCCCUCCUCAACAGCUUCUCGGCCCUUGACCGCGUCGCCCGUGAGCUGGAGCUGCUGAACGCCAGCGAUUUCGUGUCGGAAGCCCCCAGAAAGGCUGCGGAGGAGGCGGGGAGAGGCGAGAGCAGGGCCCAGGAGGGCUCUGCUGAGGGCAAGACGGUGGCCCGGGCAGAGAGGAUGUCGCAGGCAGAGAUGUCACCGCCGCCUCGCGCCUCUGUCACCUCCAACAUCAGGUGUUACACCUUCCCCAGGGGUGACAUCACGCGCUUCCGCCCUGCACGGCCGGAUGCUCUGGGGCUCCUCGACUAUUACCUCAUGGAUGCUGCGUCUCUCCUGCCCGUCCUGGCGCUCUGCGUGCAGCCAGAUGACUUUGUCCUCGACCUCUGUGCGGCUCCAGGUGGCAAAACUCUGGCUCUGCUGCAGACUGGGCUCUGUGGGCAUCUGGCAGCCAAUGACAUCUCCAUUUCCCGGACAAAGAGGCUGUACCAGAUUCUGCAGAGCUACGUGCCCAGGGAAGUCAGGGAGACUGUGAGCGUCACGUCCCAUGAUGGAAGGGACUGGCAGCAGCUGGAAGGUGGCACUUUCCAUAAGGUGCUGGUGGAUGUGCCCUGCACGACGGACAGGCACUCGGUCACAGAGGUGGACAACAACAUCUUCCACAAGAGGCGAACCAAGGAGCGUCAGAUGUUGCCCAUGCUGCAGCUGCAGCUGCUGAUGGCUGGGAUCCUCGCCACCAAGCCAGGAGGGGAAGUGGUGUAUUCCACCUGCUCCCUGUCCCCGCUGCAGAACGAGUGUGUGAUCGAGAGAGCCGUGGAAGUUGCAGGAGCCCAGUUUGACAUCAGUGUGCAGGUGGAGGACCUGAGCCACUUCCAGCUGCUCUUCCAGGACACCUUCUCCUUCUUCCCUGAGUGCCGUGUGGGGCAGCUUGUGCUGCCUCACCUCACAGCCAACUUCGGACCCACCUAUUUCUGCAAGUUACGGCGGCUGUAGAAGGGGGGACGGGCCCUGGCUGCUGCCUCUCAGGAAAUACCCCCCCUUCCCAGGGAGAGAACAACUGCUUUGUAUUUAUCUUUUCUUCCUGAAAUGGAACAGAGGAAGCCUUGUCUUUUUACUGCAGGUAUAGAGACACAUGCCAGACCUGCUGUGGAGUCUCGUGAAUGUUUUAUCUAUUUGAAACUGGGAUGUUUAAUCUAGGAAAAAAGAGAGAGAUCUUGCCAGAGGAAGGAUUUGUCCCUCCAUCUCAGGACAGGGUAAAUGCCCCCGUGUGGAUGCUGCUCUCUCCCUCCUGACUGCUUUCAUCCUACAUGAGCAGGUUUGGGUUAACAAGCACCAUCUGGAAAGCUCUGUGGGAUGCUGGAGAUCUGGUGGUGGCAGGAGCUUGGUGCUGUGGAAGGGCCAGUGAGUGCUGCCAUCCCUGGUGGAGAGGAAAGCUGGGACUGGGGGAAGGUGUGAACACUCCCAUGAUGGGUGCUAUUUGGUGAGAAGGUGUUUCUAUGACUGUAAGUAAUAAAAGUGCACUCAUGCAAUCCAA